AAGCAAUGACAUAAGACUAUGCAUUAUUCUUUGAAAUUGAUGUGCUCUAGGAAGAAAAGCAUGUCAUUUUCUUUGAAAAAAAAUAAAAAAUAAAAAAUCCAAGAAGAUGAAGAUGAAGAUUAGAUGAAGUGAAGUGUUGCUUUUGGACUCUGAUCUCUAUUUCCUUUCCUGCAUUUCAAUAGCAGCACACUUGAAAACCCCAUUAGAAUCAUAUUCUUUCUCUGUUAAUUUCAUAUGGCAACUGUUGAAGAGCCCAAAAACAAGCUCAAGCUCUACUCCUACUGGAGAAGCUCUUGCUCUUGUCGCGUCCGGAUUGCUCUAAAUCUGAAAGGCCUAAGUUACGAAUAUAUACCUGUUAAUCUGGUCAAAGGAGAGCAAUUCAACCCUGAAUUUUUGAAGCUCAAUCCUCUUGGCUAUGUGCCGGUGCUGGUGGAUGGUGACGUUGUUGUUUCUGACUCUUUUGCCAUCUUGAUGUAUUUGGAUGAAAAAUAUCCUCAGCAUCCAUUGUUGCCUCGUGAUCUUCACAAAAAAGCCAUUAAUUACCAGGCUGCAAAUAUUGUUUCUUCAAGCAUACAGCCUCUGCAGAAUCUAGCUGUGCUCAAAUUUAUAGAGGAAAAAGUAAGUCCAGAUGAGAAACUUCCUUGGGUUCAGUGUCAUAUUAGAAAUGGCUUUGCAGCAUUGGAGAAGCUGCUAAAAGACCAUGCUGGAAGAUAUGCGACUGGAGAUGAAAUUUUCCUGGCGGAUUUGUUUCUAGCAGCACAGCUUCAUGCAGCAAUUAAAAGAUUUAAUGUUGACAUGACUCCAUUCCCUCUGCUAUCAAGGUUGCAUGAGGCAUACAAUGAGCUGCCAGCAUUCCAGAAUGGUAUGCCAGAGAACCAGCCAGAUACCCCUUCAUCCAGCACUACUUAAGUCAACAGGAAGUAAAGAGUUGAAGCUUCUUUGGUUCAUUUUCAGUUUCACGUCAAUCUUCCCAAUCCAAAACUUGCUAACAUACAGCAUAAAGUACAACUUGGUGGAGCCUCAAAAUAAAGCUAUCCAGCAUAUAUUGUACAAUGGGGUCAAUUUGAAGGUUGGCCUGUUUCUAUCAUAUAAUUCUGUGAUGGAUGAAUGAUAAUAAUUACAAAGAACAUGAACUGGUAUAAGCUAAUGCCGAGGACAUUGAGUCUCAAUGGUAUUGUUAUUCUUACCCAUUGUGCUCCCUAUAAUAAUGAGUUUAUAUGAAUUCUAUGGUUGCA